AUGGAAGGGAACCCGGCCUGCAGCUGCUCCCACGCGCAGUCUUUCUGCACCUGCGUCGACAGCUUGAGCGUCGCGUUGCUGCCCAGAGACACGGACUUCCCGCUGCCCUGGUUGGCGCUCCCACCCCCCAAAUUCUGCGCCGUAAUGUCGAGCUCGACGAACGCGCCGACCUGCUCGGUCUGGCCCUUCCGGCAGUUGGGGCCGUCGCACCAGGUCCAGUCCCAGAGGCGGACAUUCCACUUCAAGUCUCCGAUGCUGACGUCCCACGACUCGUUGGACAUCCCCACCGUUCCCGACUGGCCAUGA